UCUUUGAGAGCGCAUACAUCAAAUCUUUGCACGCCUGUCGCCCGUCGCGCUACCACACGGCUGUUGUCGCGCUCAUUGGACUCAUCAACCCAGCCAAUACUCCAAAUCGCGCUUUCCAUCUUUCACCUCACUCUCCUGCAUUACGUCAAACAACAUGGAGGACGUCCAGUUCAACAGGUCGCAUUCCAACUCGCCGCUGCCCGAGGCUGGCAACGACGCCGGAGACCCAUUGCGCCCUGAGAUCGAGGAAGAGCAUCUCCCCGACGCUACUAUCGCCGAGCCCUACCAGGACAUGGAGGUGACGGAGGGAAAGGACGAGAUGCCUGACGACGAUGACAUGCAAGCUGGCCUUUCAGACAACGAGUCCGUGCUGUCUGAGGCGCUGGAUGAUGACCAGUUCGACGAGCAAUUCGGCGAGUUCGACGCGAGCAACAUCGCCAUCGAGGAGCGCCCGCAAGCCAUCGACGAGGACACGGUCAAGCAGAUUGGUGUGCACAAGCGAAAACGGACUGCCGGCGAGGGCGAGGAGCCAAAGAAGAAGAAAAAGAAGGCGGACAGGCCGCGCCGGAAGAAGGACAAGGGCGGCGAGGAGGCUGAGGGCGACGUCGAUGGUGGCAGGAGGAGCAAGCGAUCCAAGAAGGAGGGCAGGGUCCGCGCAGCAAGCCCGGAGGACGAGAACCUCACGCCAGAGCAGCGACGAAAGCGCGCGCUCGACGCACAGAUUAACGCCCUCGUCAAGGGCUCGUCGAACCGCCGCCGCAAGAAGGAUGGAAUCGAUCUCGAGCAGAUGGCCGACCAAGAGAUCGAGGAGAUGCGCCGUCGCAUGGCUCAAGCCGCCGAAGCAGACAACGAAGGUCGGAAGCGUGGCGAGCCCGCCCGACACAAGCUCAAGCUGCUGCCAGAAGUCGUGGCCUUGCUCAACAAGAACACGCUGCGGGAAUCCAUCGUCGACCCCGAGGUCAACCUGCUCGAAGCAGUACGAUUCUUCCUGGAACCCCUCAGCGACGGUAGUCUUCCCGCAUAUGACAUUCAGAAAGAGCUGUUUGCUGCGCUGGCCAAGCUGCCCGUCAACAAGGACACUCUUGUCGCGUCUGGCAUUGGCAAGGUCAUCAUGUUCUACAUCAAGAGUAAGCGCCCAGAGUUGACCAUCAAGCGACAAGCCGAGCGCCUCUUCACAGACUGGACUCGUCCGAUUCUUAGGCGUACGGACGACUACCGCAAGAAAGAGUUUGCCCAGGCCGACUACGAUCCAAACAAACAAGUUGCAGUUGUCAACUCGGCCGCCAACAGCCAAGCAGCAGUUCGUGAGAACGCCAGGAAGAAGGCCCUCGAAGUCCCUCGCGCCUUCACACGCGCUCGCAUGGAGACGGGUCCAACGUCCUACACCAUCGCGCCCAAGAGCAACGUCGUGUUCAACGAGAACAACAAAAACCGCUCGCAGAAUGUGGAUAUCAUGCGGCAGAUUCGCGGUGGCCGCGGUGGAGGCAGACGUUAAAUCGCCUCUCCAACUUCUCGCCUCCGCAUUGCUUGUUCAAUUGCUUCUGCACGCUCUACAGAGUUUUGCUGUUUCUGCACUUGGUUGAUGGAGUUCUGGGCGUAUGCAAUGGUUUGGGAAUGGGCAUUGUUACUUUCGAGCUUGCAUAUACGGCGUCUUGCAAGGGGGCUGAUCGACAGAUUGGUGUGUAUACUAUAAAUUGGAGUCUUGAAUCUGAUUGCGUUGAUGAGAUGCGUACCACGUGCGCUUUUUACGAUGCGCUCCGAUGUGUGAACUCAACACUGCGAUGUGGGAUGUUACAUGCAUGCUUCCCUGUUCAUCCACAUGGAAAUUGUGUUAUGGCCAGUUGAACAUGUCUUCGAAGUAAUCGUGAAUCUUCUGUACAUCCAUACUCAUACCAUAAUAUACACUCCCUCUGAC